GACCUGUAACCUUAGCAAACUUCACAUCAAAUUAAUUCAUUUCAAAUUUCUUCUUGGAUAAAUCAAACAUUUUCAAAAACACUCAAAACACUCUUUCAGCUGCUUAGCUUUACACACACAAACAAUGGAGAGAGCAACACCUGUACGGAAACCCCACACCAAUACCGCCGAUCUGCUCUCCUGGUCGGAAGUUCCGCCGGCAAACAACUCCUCCGCUUCCUCCGUUGCCUCCGGCAAUGCCUCUCGCUCCAGCGCGCGUUCUCAUCAGCCGUCUGACGGAAUCAGUAAGACGCUGUUUGGAGGUCAAAUCACUGAUGAGGAAGCUGAGAGCUUGAACAAACGAUCUGGUAAUACAUUUUCUUUUUUGCCUUUUCCACUUUUUAAUGUUCCUGUCAUGGUCUGUUGCCCUUCCUUGUUGGGCUGCUCGGGGUUCUGGUUUACAAAUUACACGCGUGAUAAAAGUGGCCAAAUGAGCUUGUUCCGUGUCUUCUUGUUUUUAGUUCCAGUGAUAAAGUGGGUUGCGUGGUUAGCACCCUCCACUUCCAACCAAGAGGUUGUUAGUUCUAGUCACCCCAAGAGCAAGGUGCCUGCUGGUGGUCAAAGCAAUAUCUUGUUUGGUGAUGAACCUGUUGUCAACACAGUAAAGAAAAUACAUGACCAGAAGUUUGCAGAGUUGACCGGCAAUGACAUUUUCAAGGGAGAUGUCCCUCCUGGAUCUGCAGAAAAGCCACUGAGCAGAGCAAAGCUGAGAGAAAUGAAUGGCAAUGAUAUUUUUUCUGAUGGCAAAGUUGAAUCCAGAGAUUACUUUGGUGGCGUGCGCAAACCACCGGGUGGAGAGAGCAGCAUUGCACUAAUUUAGAUAUAUGCCACCAAACUGCUUUUAUGUUAACUUAUAGUGUUCGUGCAACAUUUCAGCUGCUGACUAGUGAUGCUUUUAGUGUUUCGUGGAAUUAGGACUGAGGGUUGUAGACUUUGAUGUGUUAACCAUGUCGUACGAACAACUUCCAAAAUCUAAUUCACAUAAAUCUGGAGGAUUAUUAGCCUAACAGAGUAUUUUCACA